GAUACACCCAUUUCUAAAGAAAAAGUAUUUCCCUUAGAUUUGUUAAAAAUAAAUUUUAUUUAGCAUAUUAUAGUAUGACCUUUCAAAAAUUAGUCAUUACUUACACUUCAACCAAUAGCAGUGAAAAAACAAGUGCUAGGAGGGCCAGUAUAAACUGAACUUGCAUCAUCUCAGCUGAUUCAUUUGGUACUUUUUGCAGAUCAGCAGUAGCACUUCCUCGGAGAAACGCCAUAAACUUCAACCUGAACACAAGUUCAAUCUAAACACAGCUCACAGAAUGAAGACGCUGCUGCUUUCACUGCCCUGUCUGUUUGUGUGGUGUCAAACCACAGAAGCUUUAACUGAUCAACAGGUGGUUUUAGGACAGAGUGUGACUUUAGCCUGUGAGUUCAGAUUAAAAGCCGUUAUUUGGUUUGUAAUAAAAGUACCAGCUCAUCCGGAGAUGAUACUGCGAACUUACGGAUCUGAAGAGGCGUAUUAUUAUGAUGAAAAAUCCCGCAACAAAUUUUUAGAGAGAAGCAGGAGCCAAUUAGUAAUCAAUAAUGUCAGUGAUGAUGAUUUAGGAAUUUAUUACUGUGUACAACCAGGCGAUAAUUUAUCACUCAGUAAUGGUAUAAGACUGCACACCACUGAAAUGUCUCUAGGUGACAGCGGCUGUACUAAACUGCACACCACUAACAUGUCUCAAGAUGACAGCGACUGUACUAGUCUAAACACCACUGAAGUUACUUUACCUGUUGAAGAUAAAAAUCCACCACAAGAUCAGACAACACUUCAGAUUGCCAUCAUCAUGUUGAGCCUGUUGACUGUUGUGCUGUUUGCUGCAGUAAUAGGUUUAUUAGCGAUGAACCACAAACUUUCUAAGAAUAUUCCUACAUACGUCAAUGCUCAUCAGAUUUCAACUUUGAAGUUUCGUGAGAGAAACAGAGGAAAAGCAGAUCCUGAAUAUAUAGAGAUUCUGCCAAAUAUCUAGACGUCCUGUAUAUGAAACAAUUUCAUACUGAGAGAUUGUGUUGUGGUUUGCUUCGAAUGAGCAGAAUUCUGUGCUGCUUGAACAUGAAAACUGAUUUGCCUUUGUCUGUACGGAAUAAAACAUGACUAAAAUCUGCCUGCAAUUAAAAUGCUC